AUGUACGUUUUGCUACUUCAAUUAGUGAUUCUAAUAUAAGGAUAUCCAAUUUUAGAAAAUGGUUAGUUACUAAUUGGAGCUGGAGGUUUGGCUUGUGAAAAAGACACAAUUACACAUAUCAAAUUCUUAAAUGUUUACAAAGCAUAUGUUCCAUAAGUAAUCUUUGUUUUGAGUAAUUACACAAAUGAAAUGCAAUUCUCUGAUUUUGCCUUAGACAUUCAUGUUGAAUUAAUGAAAGUUAACACAACAGGUAAUAUAGAAUCUAGAUAUAAUUAGGAUUCACAAUUCAAGUAGUUUGCUCUAAAAGCUGUAUAAAGUCAGUUCUUUAUACUUGGUAUGCUUUUGGAGGAGAUACUUAUGAUUCAGGAUGUUUUCCAUUAUAAGAAAGGGCUCAAGUAACAUUAGAACAAAUUUACACUUCUCCUAUGCAACAUUCAGUAUUCAUUUCUGGUUUUGCUGGUUUCUUCAAGUAUGGUGGGAAGAAGCCUAUGCUAAAAUUAUAUUCCUCUUUUGAUAAUUAAAAUCUAACUAUACAAGUUGAAUCUACAUUUUAAUAUGUGUACAUAUGCUAUAUUCUAGCAUAAGAUAUGAGUUCAACAACAUUAAAUGAUACAGAAGUAGCAAGUAAUUUUUAAGUAGUAUAUUCAAUAGCUCUGGUUUAAAAGGGGACAUAUUUAGAUGAUACAUUGAUAAUGGGAAUGGAAUCUUUUUAAUUAUUUGGCAAUAAUCUUUAAAUACAAAUGUUAAAUGAUAAAUCCUUCUUUCCUAAAUAAAUUGAAUUAACUGUUAAAGUUGCUAAACUAUAUGAACCAACUUAUAGGAGUUGUCCAAAAGUGUAUACAGAAUGUAUGUUCUAAGGAGAUCCUAUUUAUGUUUGUGAUGAGACUGUUAAAUUAACUAAUAUUUGGAAAGAAUUCAAAAGUUUAAGAGUGUAUGAUCAAAAAAUGAAAUUCAAGUUGAACAUUGUUAGCAAUGAUAAUAUCUUGGUAAAAUCUCAUUUAUGAUUCCCAUUCUAGUGGCUUUCUGAAGACAUUGAUUGUAGUUAUGACAUGUAUGAUUAAUUGAUGGAAUUCAAAAUAAAAAAUUAACCUAUAGAGAGAUAAAUAAUUAGAAAAAGAAAGAUGAUGGGAAUGCUUUAUGAUGAAUAAACUGAAGAGGAUUAAGAAUACUCUGAAGACACUAUUUUAAUUGGUUAAGCAUGA